AUGCAGGGGCCCCCUCGUGUGGGGCGAGGAGGCCCCAGGGAAAAGGGAGGUAGUAUGCAGGGGGCCCCCAGCUCUGCCUGGGGACCUCCUGGGGCCCCAGGAGGAACCCUAGUGGGGCGCCGAACCCGGCAGCAGCAGCCGCAGCAGCACCAGCAGCAGCAGCAGCAGCACCAGCAGCAUGAAGCAGCAGAUAUAAUAGUCCCUUUAUUAGGGAGAGAAACAGGUGCCAGCAAAACCCUCAAGCAUAAAGAUUCUAAUAGGGGCAAUGGCCUCGUUAACAGGGUUAGUGACGGUAAUUGUUGCGCCAUUGACGGUAUUGGUGUAAUUGACUAUGAGAUUGAAUAA